CAAAGGGGUGCGCCUUGAGGCGUCCGUGACCUCCUUAAUUUAUCGGACAACCUGACGUUUUGGUCGCGCGGGUGACUGCCAGACCGCCCUGCAAAAGGACAGCCCGUCCACGACGACCGGGACAAGCUUCCUGUUGACUGUGAGGCCGUCCAUAAAUAUCCAUAUAUCUCCUUCAUAAUGGAGUUGCUCCUUGCAAUCGCGCUUGGCGCAGCGCUCUUCGGGGGUUUCGGGAGCCCUGCAUCCGCCGGCUACGACUGGCAGUGGCACACAGGCCGCGCAACCCAUUACGGAGGACCGGGUGAUCCUUGGAGCAUCCAUAACGGCCACUGUGCAUAUGGCUAUCUCGACCCGAACGUUGAAGCUCGCAAGAGCUCGUCAGGCCCAGACGAGUUAGGAGGCUCAUGGACCGCAAGACCAAGCGAGAAAUUCAGUAACAAGUUUGAUAACUCGGUUUCGGUAGCGUUGCGUCUGUCGUCCGUUAGAACUGGUUGGGACAUCUGCGCCCCUUCUGACCAAAACUGGGACUACGAUGCGGCCACAAGCAACUGCGGGCUUUGCUACGAGGUGGCAUGCCAGGGAAUGGACUUCAACGAUUUCUACGGCAAUUCACUUGAGCGACAGAGCGUAUGCUAUGACUCUUCCGCAAGUGUCAUCCUGAUGGUGACAGACCUCUGCCCCUGCUACUAUCCGGCAAACCAGUACUCCAAUAAAAGGUGGUGCUGCGGCGACAUGCAGCAUUUCGACAUCUCGAGCUACGCGUUCCAAAAGCUGGCGGAUAUGAAAUGGGGCGUAAUCGGAGUUAAGUACCGACGAGUACCUUGCGACUACCAGCCAGCGAACCGAGCCCAGCUUCCGAGUUUUAUGCAGGGUUGGAGCGACAGCGGCAGCUGGAGCAUCUCCCGGUGGGGUCGCGACUCAAGCUGGGGCUUCGACGGACAGCAAGCCUACUGCGUGACCAUGGGCGGCUACGCCGGCAUCCAGUUCAACGGCUGGUCGGGUGUAUUCAGCUCCAAGCGGACGCUCGAGUUCUAUGCCCGCCAGAACAACGGGGGUACGCCCGACGUCAGCAUCAAGCUCACCGCGCCGUCGGGCGGUUGCAAGGCGCUGCAGUUGCGCGACAUGACGCCCAAGGACCAAACUAGCAAUUGGUCCCGCUUCCAAGUACAGCUAAGCGCUUUUGACUGGCGCCAAAGUGGCGGUGGCGAUGGCAGUGCGUUCGGCGGCUGCAGCGACUCCAUCAACGACUGGUCCGUCAACGUCCUCGUCAUUAUGAACAACUGGGGGGGCAAUCAAGACCUGUGCAUCGAUCAAGUAAAGGUCUACUAAUUGAUAGCGGCCGUUACCAACGCCGCGGCGUUCUUUGUUAUCCGUAUGUUUUGCGCUUGCUGAAGAGAGCUGGGGAAAGCAUUCGGGGUCGUGCAUUGGGCAUUGCGAGGCGAACACCUUGGCAGCUUACAACCGGGAGAAUGACUUUAGGUGGAAGGAUUGCGUGCAUGUGCUUGAGCAUUGCAUGAAUAAAUAGGGUAAAUAGGUAGUCGCAGUGCAGGACGGCAUUUGGCGUGCGUGUAAAAUGGCCUAGCAGGUCGAAACGUACUGCACGUGCGCUUCCAUAGAGAUGUGGCGGCAUCGUGUACGUGGACGACGAUUGUGCAACUGUACGAUAUUGAAGAUAGCAUGUACACGCGAUGCCGUCAGAACGGUGGGCAUCUGCAAAGUUCGUGGAGAAGUAAUUGCGUUUGGAUG